GAAGAAAAUUAACUCUGCCCCAGCCAAAACCAGCCCAGCAUCCCGUGGCGAUGUGUGUGUUUGCUGUAGGGGCGCUGUGUUUUGUUGUGAAACCUCAGUUCUGGGUGUCUGCGAAGUUAGAGGGAUGUGCACUAAUGAAUUUAAGGUUGAUCAACUCCAAAAUGUUAUCUCGGUAUCUCUGCCAAGUUUACAAGUGUUUGUUUCUCCACAACUUAAAACUGGAUUCGGUAAGCGUGGCUAGUCUGGCCAGAAGGAUCCAUAUUUCAUCAAAAAAGCUUUCUGACUGUGAGUUAAAGGAACAAACCGUCCAGAAAUGCGAAACUGAAGAGUUGCCUCAAAGUACGGAAAACAGUAACUUGGGAAGAUUGCAUAUACCAGUGAUGCUGGAGGAGGUACUUAGUUGUUUAUCCCCCCAGCCAGGUCAGCGUUUCCUUGAUAUGACGUUUGGAGCCGGAGGUCACACGACAGCUCUUCUGGAGAGAGCCAACGACAUCACCGUGUAUGCCCUGGACAGGGACCCCACAGCUUACAGGAUAGCUCAGCAGCUCUCGGAAUCCCACCCGAAACAGAUUCAACCUCUUCUAGGACUGUUUAGCCAGUCAGAGGCUUUGUUACUCUCGUCUGGGGUUGAGCCAGGGACUCUGGAUGGAGUUCUCCUGGAUGCUGGCUGUUCUUCCAUGCAAUUUGAUACACCCGAAAGAGGUUUUUCCCUGCAGAAGGAUGGACCUUUGGACAUGAGGAUGGAUAGUGACAGGUACCCUGACAUGCCCACUGCCGCCGAUGUUGUGAACGCUUUGGAUCAACAGGCGCUUGCGUCCAUCCUCAGAGCGUACGGGGAGGAGAGGCACGCCAAGAAAAUCGCCUCAGCCAUCGUUCAGGCACGCAGCAUAUACCCCAUCACCAGAACCCAGCAGCUCGCAAGCAUUGUUGCAGGUGCUUUUCCAGCAUCGGCACUGUACGCACGGAAGGAUUUGCUUCAGAGACCCGCACACGUUGCUACCAAAACUUUCCAAGGCCUGCGAAUAUUUGUCAAUGAUGAGCUCCACGAACUCUUUAUAGGACUGAAGACAGCUGAGAAGUUUCUAAAACCUGGAGGUCGCCUCGUAGCCCUCUCCUUUCAUUCGCUGGAAGAUCGUAUUAUCAAACGUUUUCUUCGUGGGAUAGACAUGACAGAAAAGUACAAUCUUAGCUCAAGGCAGAAGAUAAGGCAGGCUCUGAAAAACCCCUCCAAAAAAGAAGACACACAAGAAUCUCCCCAUGGAAAAUCCAACUCCAAGUGGAUUUUUAUACAGAAAAAAGUUCUCACACCCCAGGCCAAGGAUGUUCAAACAAACCCAAGAGGAAGGUCGGCCAAGCUAAGAGCUGCUAUUAAAGUCUAAACCAAAAUAUAGGAUUAGAUAAUUGUAUAAUUUCCUUUAAUUUUUUUUUUCUAGAAGGCUAACUGGACAGGUAGUAUCAAACUGAAAAAAUAAAAUAAAGGCUGUUAGAAAACA